AUGGAGCUCUUAUCUCUCUGUGUCCCACUGUUGAUUCUGACACUUGUUGCUAAAGUCCACAACCUGAAGGAUCAGAGAGACGAACGCCUGCAGUUCUUUCAGUACGAGACGGUCUCGAUCAGCUGUGAGGAUCUGAAAGGCCUCGGCGGGUGGAGAGUGAUGAGGAGGCUGAAGGAACUAACUCCAUCAAACGCUUCUUCCUGGGAGAUGUUGACAAGAUCCCGCACGAUCAAAACUGUGCAUGAAUCCGACAGCGGAGAAUAUUGGUGCGAAGAUGAACGCGGAGAGAAAAGUAAUGCAGUUAACGUCUCUGUUGAUGACGUGACUCUGUGCUGCUGCAUCAUGGAAAAAACUUUCCACCGAAUCGCUGAGUUCUUCAGGGACAACGUCCGUAUCCAGACGGGAUACAAAGGAGUGAUGAGCAUCUACAGUGUGUCCAAGUCUGAUGAAGGACUCUACAAGUGCAACAUCUCCGGAGUCGGAGAAUCACCAGAGAGCUGGCUGAAUGUCCAAGCAUUUAUCUGCUGUUCAUCAGACGACUUGGCCAUGAACCCAACAGAGGGAGCCGAUGGUCCAGAGAAGGUCUGGGCCUCUGCUGGAGGAGACGUGGCUCUGCUGUGCACCAACGAAGGCCUGUACCGGGACGGCUAUGGCGCCGUACUAACAGCAGCCUGUUGCAGCAGCUCCUGGUAUUACAGGUGGUGUCACCCCGGGCACGUCACCGUUAAACAGCGUGUCUGCAGCCCGGACGUCGAGCUCGUCGCCGUCGGACUUCGUCCGUAUUAUUUGCCGCGGGAGUUUACCAGUGUUUUCGCCAUCACUGUUUACAUCCCUCCAUCGGACGCGGAAGCAGCGUGUGACGUCAUCCACACUGUGACUGCAGGAUUACAGCCACAACACCCCGGAGCCUUCAUCUUCAUCACUGUGCUGAAUACACUCCUCUCCUGUGGACACAUUGAAUAUGCUGAGCUGACCUUUGAACCCAACUCAACCACUCUAUAUUCUGGGGAGCAUGUUAAUCUCACGUGUCACAUGAGAGAAGCAGAUGUCAGUGAGUGGUUUUAUGAAUUCAAGUGGAACGACAAACCACUGGUUCCCAUCACUCCCACUAACGUGCUCAGGAUUCCAGAGCUAACGCCCGACAGGAACGGGGAUUAUCAGUGCAUCGCUCACCACAACAGCUCAGAAGACAACAGACGGAGCAACAGGGCCACUCUCUCUGUGUCAGCACACAGACCCAGAGCCACAGUGAGAGCAUCCAGGACGUCCAUCCCAGUGGGCGGCUCUCUGACUCUGACCUGUUCUGUGGAGGAGUCUGCGGGUUGGAGCUACGACUGGUUCACAGGUUCCCCGGACGCUGAGGAAACCGCCAUCGCAACAAAUCCUGUGCAGAACUCUCUGAGCAUCUCACAGGGAGGCAGCUACUGGUGCAGGGGAAGAAGGACUCACUCAGAUUUCUUCUCAGAGAAGAGUCACGUGCAUCACACCGACAGAACCUUGUCACACAGAAGCUUUGUCGUGCUGCAACACAACUGGACUCAGAUAUUCAGCGGUGAGACGAUCUCUGUCAGGUGUGAGAUCCAGGGAGGAGGAGACACCCAGUGGGAAUAUGAAUGGAGGACAACAAGCUCCCACCAACCAGUCACUGGUCCAGACACAGCUCCCACACACAGUGAAUACAGGCUGGGCACUGCCUCUGUUUUCCACAGUGGAGAGUACUGGUGUAAGGCCAGAGCGGACUGGUAUUCCUCAACAGAGUGGAGUGAGGCCUUCCAGCUGAGAGUAACACCCGAUAAACCCAGGCCCAGGCUGACUGCCGAUAACACAACCCUCACAGGAAAGGGAAGCGUAGCACUGAGCUGCUCUGUGGAGAACGCGUCUGAGUGGAGAUACGACUGGUUCAGAAGAACCUCAGCCUCCUCUGAAGCUCAGAUCCUAAGAUAUAAUGAAACAGAUGAUGGAAUCAGCAUCUCAGAGGAAGGCAUCUACAGCUGCAGAGGACGGAGAGGAGACACAACCUUCCUCACAGAGGACAGCAACCGAGUCACAAUAGAGAACAGAGUUUCCCACAAGGCGUCUGUGGCUCUGCAGCCUGACUGGUCUCUGGUCUUCAGCGGUGAGACGAUCACUGUCCGGUGUGAGGUCCCUGCAGAUGUACCAGCUGAGUGGGAGUAUGAAUGGAACAAACCCAACUCAACUAGGGUUCCAACACACAAUGAAUUCAGGAUUGUCAAUGCGUCCUCGUCCGACAGUGGAAGCUACAGGUGUUUGGCUAAAGACAAGAAGAACUUGAAUUCCACGACCGAGUGGAGUGAUGACGUCACAUUAACAGUUUCUGCAUCACCCGGAUGGAAGUAUUAUUGGUACAGAGGUGAGAAAACCUCGGAGCCCCUGACGGAUGAGGAUUUCAAGUCCCAUGGACAAAGUGCUAGUGCCUCACGUGAAGGACUGUACUGGUGCAGAGGAGGAAGAGGAGAUCCAGUUCACUACACCCAGUACAGUAACUCAGUCAGGAUUCAUGGAAUCGUCCACAACAGAGCUGCUGCGACUCUUCAACCCAACUGGCCGAGCAGAUACAGAGGAGAAGCCGUCACCCUGAGGUGUGAGAUCCAGGGAGGAGACUCUGAGUGGGAGUAUGAAUGGACAGCAACCAGCUCACAUGCACCUCCCAACACAAAGGAGUUCAGGAUCAGUCUGGGGUCAGAUCUGAGCGGCAGCUACUGGUGUCAGGGCCGACUGAAAGGUGCACGGCAGAACUCCACAGGAUGGAGUGUUCCCCUCACGUUGUCUAACGCGGCUGCACCACGACCUGUCGUCACUGUGUCUCCGUCAUGGCUGACUCCUGGAGCCUCCGGGACUCUCACCUGUGGGGGGGGUCCACAUCCCACUGCAGGGUGGAGGUUCUACUGGUACAGAGCUCACCCCAUUAGUUUGGAUCCAGUCCCCAGAUGUAAACAGUCAAUUCGAUAUGGGUGGAGUGAAAUGCACAUUCCUGAGUUCAGUUAUGAGCUGCUCCCAGGAAGCGACGGAGGAACUGAACAAAACUCCUUCGUCAUCCGAGGCCUGACGGAGUCAGCAGGUUAUGCAUGUCGAGCUGGAAGAGGAGACCCCGUGUUUUACACUGAGUACAGUAAGACAAAGUGGGUGUGGCCUGUGGUGAGUCCGGACUCAGUGCAGCACCACUAUGAUGACAAGAUCCCUCUGACCUGCAAGGGAGACUCUGAUAAACUGAGAUUGUGGAUUUUUACUGAUUACGAAGAAGGAUUGUUCGAGUGCGAGUCUCCGGAGACAAGCUUCACAUGGAACUUGGUUUAUCUUUUUUCUGGAGUUGUCUGGUGUGGAUCUGGAUCAGAGAUCAGCAACGCAGUCAACAUCACUGAAGUUUACAAUCGUGAUGUUCUCCUGGAGAGCCCUGUCCAUCCUGUGACUGAGGGACAGUCCGUUACUCUCAGCUGCUCAUGGUCAAAAAGAACAAACCUCGAUUCCAUCAUCUCUUUCUACAAAAAUGAUGAACUCCUCCAAAGUGAUGUCAGAGGGAAACUGGAAAUCUCAGCUGUGUCAAAGUCAGAUGAAGGUUUCUACAAGUGUGAACGUUCAGGAGACUUCUCACCGGAGAGUUGGAUGUCAGUAAAAUCGGCUGCACCACCACCUGUCGUCACUGUGUCUCCGUCAUGGCUGACUCCUGGAGCCUCCGUGACUCUCACCUGUGGGGGGGGUCCACAUCCCACUGCAGGGUGGAGGUUCUACUGGUACAGAGCUGACCCCAUUAGUUUGGAUCAAGUCCCCAGAUGUAAACAGUCAAUUCGAUAUCGGUGGAAUGAUAUGCAAAUUCCUGAGAAGUUCAGUUAUGAGCUGCUCCCAGGAAGCGACGGAGGAACUGAACAAAACUCCUUCGUCAUCCAAGGCCUGACGGAGUCAGCAGGUUAUGCAUGUCGAGCUGGAAGAGGAGACCCCGUGUUUUACACUAAGUACAGUGAGACAAAGUGGGUGUGGUCUGGAGAUUCCUAUUCGUCAGUGUCUCUCACAGUGAGUCCGGACUCAGUGCAGCACUUCUAUGAUGACAAGAUCCCUCUGACCUGCAAGGGAGACUCUGAUAAACUGAGAUUGUGGAUUUUUACUGAAGACGAAGAAGGAUUGUUCGAAGAUCAGCAACGCAGUCAACAUCACUAG